AUGGAGUUCCGAGCGAACUGGCUAGGCGAAUGGCCAAAGGCCGAUGACGGCAAAUACUUCAUCGGGCCGGGCGAGAAGUUCUGCCGGGCCAAGAUCAAUGGCCGACUUUGCGGCGUCGAGACCGGGUUCUCAUGCAGCGAGCUGAUCGACCUAACCAAGGACGAAGAUGACGAUGACGACAAGAAACGAGAUGCUAUCAAGCUAGAGCAGCUGCCCCGUGCCUCCUCCAAGCACCCAAGUCCAGGAAAAUACACCUCCUGGGGCGAGGAGACGCACCAUGAUAUCCUCGUGGCCACCUUUGCAGUCAUGAAGCCGACAGGUGCGCAGUGGCAGCUCAUCACGGAGCAACUGAACGGCAUGGGCUACGGAUUCUCAGCCAACGCACUCAAGUAUGCUCGCAACCCGUGA